AUGGAAGGAGCUAAGGAUGCUGCAAAGGCCGGACUUGUGGCCGCUGGACGCCCUGUAGAGUCCGAGGAACAAGCACUGGCACCUGCAGGGGCGAAGGAGGCGGAAAAACAACCGUCCAACCAUUCCACGAAGGAAGAAGCAUCUUCUGCAGCUGCAUCCGCAGGAGUCGUCAUGGUGUCGCACUCCGUGGCACUGGCAGAAUUGGCAACCUUUAACGGACGGACCAUCGAGAAGAAAGUCAACGACGAGGAAGAGAAAUGUGAAGUGGAAGCCCCAGCGUCCCACUAUGAUGGACUGAUGGAAGAUUUUGAAAAUCUUUUGUCCAAGCCGGAUCCUGUACCACCGCCAUGCCUCAGAAAACCUGAACAUCAGCCCGCACAACGACAAGAAGAGAGGCAACAGCAACCGACAAGACCGGGUGCAUUUCCAGAAUGGCCAAACAGUGACAGUCGGGACAACAACAAUCGCACAGCUGCACCAGAAUCGUCCGUAUCCAGCACGGAUGGCCUGGUAGUGGCUAGCUUGGUCGUAGAAUCCGGAAUUCUGCCCACCGCAUUGCCACACACAGACGACAACAAUGGCAACAGGAGAAGAGAUUGGAAUGCAAAGCAAUUCAAAACGAAUGUACUCCUUGGCAUCAUUGCAUUAGUUGCCAUCAUUCUUGUUUUGGUUGCUAUUUUGGUCCCUGCCGCUGACGAAUCUACAGAAGCUCAAGCAGCAAGCACAGUAAUGGAGAGUAGCUACCCCACCCAAUCACCAACUUCUGUUGCAGAUUCCGUGCUCUCCAUCUUUCCAGACGAAUCCUCUUUUCAAAUUUUGGAGGACCCAGAUUCACCACAGGCAAUGGCAUUUGAAUGGCUAUUGGAAGAAAUUGACUCCUUGAAAUCUCUUUUGGAUGGUCGUAUCAUUCAACGGUUUGCCCUGGCUACACUCUUCUAUUCCACAAAUGGUGAGAACUGGGCAAUGAACGCAAACUGGCUCAAUCACAGCAUCCAUGAAUGUGACUGGUACACCAAACCAGAAUUUGCAUUGAUGGACACCAUAUCUCAGCUCUAUCCUGGUUUUUUGAGAGAUUUCUUCUCAACACCACUCCCAACAUCUUGUGACGAAAAUGGCAUGUAUCAACAUCUCUGGCUGGAUCAAAAUAAUUUGGGAGGCUCUCUUCCAUUGGAGAUCUACAUGCUGUCAAACCUCAAGACUCUUUCCCUGGGAUACAACCAUAUGGACGGAAGUAUUUCGACUCUUAUUGGACAGCUCAGUUUUUUGGAGGGAAUAGAGAUGAAUCUUGCCCUCAAGGGACCUGGAAGCAUACCAACUGAAAUUGGUAGUGCCACUGAAUUGAAAUACAUCAGUCUUCGAAGCAACAAUCUGCAAGGGUCAAUUCCCUCGGAGCUGUGGCAGCUUUCCAACUUGGACACUUUGUCGCUCGGUCUUAACCAGCUGCAAGGGAGUAUUCCAGCAUCCCAAAUUGCAAGGCUGACAAAGUUGAGGUGGCUCAACCUUGAGGAGUGUGGUCUCACAGGUUCAAUACCAACAGAGAUUGGCAAAGCAACCUCCCUUGAAUUCUUUGCUGCCUAUCUCAAUGGGAUAAAUGGUACACUUCCAAGUGAAUUGGGUCUUCUCUCAAACUCAUUUCUCAUAUCACUGUUUGGGAACUCACUUGAAGGCAAAAUCCCCACAGAGAUUGGUGAACUGUCAGGUGUAGCCUUGUUUGCUGUUUGGGGCAACCAUCUUACUGGCCCUGUGCCAAAGUUGUCAGCUCUGCAGCAAACCCUGCAUACACUCAGUUUGGAAGGCAAUCCACUUCUGUCUGGGUCUAUUCCUGCUGGCGUUUGUGCCAUGAAUGGAACCUGCAUUGGUGAUGCUUUGGACACCUGUGAGGCUCCCUAUGGACUUUCAUUUGACUGUUCUGGUUUGCUCUGUGGCUGUGGAUGCUCCUGUAACUGA